CAAGCGAGAAACGCCGCGGAGCACACCCGUCAGGGGCGCGCGGCGGAAGGUUGUCAUGGUUUCCCCGGUCACAUGCGCGCGAAGUUCCUCCCGCCUUCCCCCAGCGCUGGGGGCGGGAGACGCGGCUGCUGCAACCACCGUCGGGACUGGCUCCUUGUCGGCUGCUGCGCGGAGCACUGGCGAGCGCCAUCGGCCCUGCUCUGCGCUCGGUGCCGAGGCGCGCCGGCGGGAGGAGCAGGAGGCUGGGGAGGGCCGCUGCCGGGCCGCCCGCCUCCGCCCGUCGAGCGCCGGUAUGAGCAUCUCCAUCCCGGAGGGGCUGACGGAGCUGCUGCAGGGCUUCACCGUGGAGGUGUUGCGGAGCCAGCCGGGGGACCUGCUGGAAUUCGCCCUCCAGUACUUCGGGCGCCUCAAGGCGGCGGCGGAAAAAAGCGCCGCCGCCGAGCAGGAGGCGGCGGCGGCAAGUGGUCGCCGCCGCCUGAAUGCAGCCUCGCCUGGCCCGGCCCGGGGGAGCCUCUUGCAGCUCCGCAGGGCCGCCUCCGAGUGCCGAGGGGUCAGCUUCGUCGAGGAGUCUAUGCAGUCGGAUUCGGAGAGCGGUGAAGGGGAGGACGACGAGGACGAGUUCACCGCUCCGGUGUUAAACCGGUUCACUAGGCGAGCAUCAGUUUGUGCAGAAGCUUAUAAUCCUGAUGAAGAGGAAGAUGACACUGAAACAAGGAUUAUUCACCCCAAAACAGAUGAUCAAAGAAACAGACUUCAAGAAGCCUGCAAAGACAUCCUUCUAUUUAAGAACCUAGAUCCGGAACAGGUGUCUCAGGUGUUAGAUGCCAUGUUUGAGAAGCUGGUUGAAAGAGGGGAGCAUGUUAUUGAUCAAGGUGAUGAUGGUGACAACUUCUAUGUAAUAGAUCGAGGGACAUACGAUAUCUAUGUGAAAUGUGAUGGUGUUGGAAGGUGUGUUGGCACCUAUGAUAACCGUGGGAGCUUUGGUGAAUUGGCUUUAAUGUACAAUACAUCCAGAGCAGCUACAAUCAUUGCUACCUCUUCUGGUGCUGUGUGGGGUUUGGACAGAGCCACAUUUCGGAGAAUUAUUGUGAAAAACAAUGCCAAAAAGAGGAGAAUGUACGAAAGUUUUAUUGAGUCGUUGCCCUUCCUUAAAUCUUUAGAAUUUUCUGAAAGAUUGAAAGUGGUGGAUGUGAUAGACACCAAAGUAUACAAAGAUGGAGAACAAAUCAUUGCUCAGGGAGACAUGGCCGACUGUUUCUUUAUUGUUGAAUCUGGAGAAGUACGAAUAACAAUGAAAAGAAAGGGUAAACAGGAUGUAGAUGAGAAUGAAGCUGUUGAAAUUGCUCGGUACUCCAGAGGACAGUAUUUUGGUGAACUUGCUCUUGUAACUAACAAACCUCGGGCUGCCUCAGCAUUUGCACUUGGCACAGUUAAAUGUUUAGUUAUGGAUGUACAAGCAUUCGAAAGGCUUUUGGGACCUUGUAUGGAAAUCAUGAAAAGGAACAUUGCGAACUAUGAAGAACAGCUAGUUGCUCUGUUUGGAACAAACAUGGACAUUUCUGAUCCCAGUGCAUGAACUAAAGUACGAAGCCACAAGAUCUGUUAGGAGAAAUAGCACUGGUAGUGGUUAGUCCACUGGAAAUGUAUCUAUCUUCCUGUAGAUGCUAAGCAUUUUUUUCUGUGAUUUUACAGGGGAUUGGGUUUCUUUAGUUUUUUAAAACUUUUUUUUGCCUUUUCUAUACAUUAAGAGGGCUCAUUGAAUGGAAUAGAGGUGACAUCACACCAUUUGCCCCAUCCUGCAGAAGAGUUAAGCCACCAGCUUCUCAGUUUUCAGGCAGUAGUCCUCAAAAUCAAUCCUGUCAUCCUUACUGGAAUUCAUUGGGAAUUUACAAUCUUGUAUACAGUUUUAGGAUUACAAUCCUUCAGCAACCUUUUUUUUAAAAAAUCAGAUCUUUUUAUAAUACCUUUUUUAAAAGUUUAAAUUAAAGAAGUCCAUGGCUGCAAUGCAAACAGUAUGUAUACUGGGUUAUUUUUUCUUGUUUUCCUUCUGUGGACCACAAGUCUUUUCAGUGUACAAACGGCCACUCCUGAAUUUCUCUCUUACUUUAGUUUGCUGGUAAUGUGUGGCAGGGAUUGCUUUUGCAUGAAUAUCUCCCUUUGAACUGCUACCCAAAAUAAGGCCAUACUUGCUAAAAUAAUUAUGGGUUCCUGUAAAAAAAACAACAACACACAAUUAUCUGGUGGUAAAAAACAAACUGGUGAUAUAAAUAAUAUUAUGGUUUUGUUUGUAUUUUCAAAUAAUAUGAAAGUGUCAGUGCACCCAACCCUACCAUACAGUACUUAUUUGGCUUUUUAGCUUCCUGAGUUAGUAUGCUUUAAGUGACAUUUGUAAAUGUUGUAUUGAAAAAUUCCUCAUGACUACAAAAUUCCUCAUGGCCUCACAUUCUUGGUAAAAUUUAUGGCAU